AUGGUCAAACUUGCUGAGUUUUCUCGAACGGCCACGUUCACGUGGUCACAUGAUAAAAUCCCAUUGUUGGUUUCUGGUACUGUGUCCGGUACGGUGGAUGCUAAUUUCUCCACUGAUUCGUCGCUAGAGUUGUGGUCUCUGCUGGCCACUGAUUCGGAGAAGCCGUUGGCUUCUUUGCAGGUGGAUUCUAAAUUCAAUGAUUUGGAUUGGUCUCAUAACAACGAGAUCAUUGCCGGUGCUCUGGAUAAUGGUACUUUGGAGCUGUACUCCACUAAUGAAGCAAACGACACCAUCAGUUCCACGGCCAAAUUCGGCAGCCAUUCCUCCUCAGUGAAGACGGUAAAGUUCAACGCAAGGCAAGACAACGUUCUAGCCUCUGGUGGCAAUAAUGGUGAGAUUUUCAUCUGGGACAUGAAUAAAUGCACCGAAUCGCCCUCUACCUACACUCCGUUGACUCCAGGCCAGUCGAUGUCGUCCGUUGACGAGGUCAAUUCCCUGGCAUGGAACCAAUCUUUGGCCCAUGUCUUUGCAUCUGCCGGAUCGUCCAAUUUCGCAUCUAUUUGGGACUUGAAGGCUAAGAAGGAGGUUAUUCACCUGAGUUACACCUCACCCAGCUCAGGCAUCAAGCAACAACUGUCCGUUGUCGAAUGGCACCCAAAGAACUCUACAAGAGUGGCAACCGCUACUGGCAGUGAUAACGAUCCGUCCAUCCUAGUCUGGGAUUUGAGAAACGCAAACACGCCCAUGCAGACUUUGAAUCAAGGUCAUCAAAAGGGCAUCCUGUCUUUGGAUUGGUGCGAUCAAGACGAAAACUUGUUGUUGUCCAGUGGUAGAGAUAAUACCGUUCUGUUAUGGAACCCUGAAUCGGCCGAACAACUAUCUCAAUUUCCAGCUCGUGGCAAUUGGUGUUUCAAGACCAAGUUUGCCCCAGAGGCUCCAGACCUAUUCGCCUGUGCCUCUUUCGAUAAUAGGAUUGAAGUACAAACUUUGCAAAAUCUAACGAAUACCCUGGACGAACAAGAGUCUGAAACGAAGCAACAAGAAUCUGAAACUGAUUUCUGGAAUAACGUCUCCCGCGAGGAAUCAAAGGAGAAACCAAUUGUUUUUCACUUACAAGCUCCAUGUUGGUACGGCAAACCAUCUCCAGCAGCCCAUUGGGCCUUUGGCGGCAAAUUGGUUCAGAUUACUCCCGACGGCAAAGGUGUCUCCAUCACAAAUCCAAAAGUUGCGGGUUUAGAAUCAAACACUACCUUAAGUGAAGCGUUAAAAACUAAGGAUUUCAAACCGUUAAUAAAUCAAAGAUUGGUCAAAGUCAUUGAUAACGUUAACGAGGAAGAUUGGAACCUACUGGAAAAGCUAUCCAUGGACGGUACUGACGAGUUUUUGAAAGAGGCCCUUGCAUUCGACAACGAUGAAUCUGAUGCGCAAGAUGAUGCCGAUGACGAGAAGAAGGACGAUGGAGAAGAGUUCUUCCAACAAAUUGAAACCAAUUUUCAACCCGAGGGUAGCUUUACUUUGGCUGAUAGCAUUGAACAAACCAUCUCCAAGAACUUGGUUUCCGGUAACAUCAAGAGUGCUGUGAAAAAUUCUCUGGAGAACGAUUUAUUAAUGGAGGCUAUGAUCAUUGCAUUGGACUCCGAUAACGAAAGACUCAAGGAAAGUGUCAAGAAUGCCUACUUCACGAAGUACGGGUCCAAAUCAUCUUUAUCAAGAAUACUAUACUCCGUUUCCAAGAAGGAAGUGGACGAUUUGGUUGAACAUUUGGAUGUCUCCCAAUGGAAGUUUAUCUGCAAGGCCAUUCAAAACUUGUAUCCAAAUGAUAUCGCAGAGAAAAAAGAAAUGCUGAUUAGGUUAGGUGACAGGUUAAAGAAAAAUGGUCAUAGACAAGAUUCUUUAACGCUAUACUUGGCCGCUGGGUCAUUGGAUAAAGUGGCCUCGAUUUGGUUGGCAGAGUUCUCAGAUUUGGAAGAUAAAUUGAAAAAGGAUAAUAAGACAAUUUAUGAGGCUCAUUCUGAAUGUUUAACUGAGUUCAUUGAGAAAUUUACCGUUUUUUCCAAUUACAUUGAUGGCAACUCCAUCAUAACUAGUGAACACCUGAUUUCUAAAUUCCUGGAAUUCAUUAAUUUAACUACUUCCACAGGAAACUUUGAAUUGGCCACCGAAUUCUUAAACACUUUACCAAGCGAUAACGAAGAAGUUAAAACAGAAAAAGCACGUGUCCUGAUUGCUUCCGGUAAAUCAUUGUCCCCAGAAAAUGCAGCAACGACAACGGCAACAAGAAAGGCCAAGUAUUCAAAUGCCAAGAUCAAUAAGAACGUUCCAGCACUUCCAACCCCUGGAAUGCCCUCCACCACGUCCCUCCCUAGUAUGCAAGUGCCAUUCUACGGUAUGACUCCAGGUGCUGCUUCAGGUGCUUUACCUCCAAAGCCAUACGCUCCAACCGCCGCUGCUGGUGCUCUCGCUUAUCCAGACGGUAAAUAUGCCCCACCACAUCAACCUUCGAUGACGCCACCUUUUGCCAACAAAACAAAUAGCUCUACCAGAUUAAACUCAUUUGCUCCUCCACCCAAUCCAUACGCCACCGCAGCAGCACCACUAACUACAUCUGCUACUUUAAUUCCACAAAACGCCUUUGCUCCAAUCCAACCCGGUAUGCCUAUUAUGAACGAUUAUAACGCACAAUCUAGUUCUAUUCCUUCGCAACUACCAAUGAGUGCUGUUUCGGGACAAACACCACAUCUUAACCGUAAGGCUAAUGACGGUUGGAAUGAUUUGCCUUUGAAAGUCAAGGAAAAACCAUCUCGUGCCAAAGCUGUGUCAGUUGCGCCUCCAAAUAUCCUUUCAACGCCGACGCCAUUAAACGGUAUUCCCGCACAUGCAGUUGGUAACAUGCCUCCGCCACCACUUUCAAGAGCUCCAUCCGCUGCGUCAAUGGUAUCUCCACCUCCUCCACACAAGACUUCUAGAGUUCCAUCAUUGGUUGCGACAUCUGAGUCACCAAGGGCAUCUUUUUCAAAUCCAUAUGCUCCUUCUCAACCAGCACAACAACCAUCAGUAGGAACUCCCUCUGUAACAAGCCAGGCUUCGAAUCCUAUUCAACCACCAUCGUCUAAUCCAUAUGCUCCUCCACUACAGCCAAGAAUAGCAACACCAUUGGCCGGGGCUGUACCUCCAACUUCUUUACCAAAAGCCUCUAAUCCAUAUGCACCAACUGCAGCGGCUCAACUGAACGGAUCAUCAUACCCUCAAACUAAUGCAUAUCCGAAUAACCAUACUGUGACCUCUCCUCCUCCUAUUCCUAAUAAGGGACCAGCUGGCCCACCUCCUAUUAGUAUGAAGAAGAGAGGCAACAAAUUAGCUAGUAUAGAUCAGAAGCCACCUCAAGCCGGUACUUAUCCUUCGGCACUUUCAAGUUCGGCCUCUCCACUUCAAGCUUCUCAACCGCCAACAUUGGCUUCCCAAGCCAAUACCUCCACUGAGAAUGUCAGUCAUGAAAUUCCACCUGAUCAGCAACCUAUUGUUGACUUCUUAAAAGAAGAACUGGCUCGUGUGGCACCUUUGACACCGAAGGAGUAUUCGAAACAGCUAAAGGACUGUGAUAAAAGGUUGAAGAUUCUUUUUUACCACUUGGAGAAGCAAGAUUUGUUAACUCAACCAACAAUCGAUUGUCUACAUGACUUGGUUGCAUUAAUGAAAGAAAAGAAAUACAAAGAAGCCAUGGCUAUCCAUGCAGAUAUCGCAACGAUCCAUGCCCAAGAAGGCGGUAACUGGCUAACAGGUGUGAAGAGAUUAAUCGGCAUAGCUGAAGCAACUUUAAAUUAG